GCGGGAGCGGCAGAGCCGGGCAGGAGCUGGGGGCCGCGCCCGCAGGGGASGUGGCCGGGCUCCCUGCCUGCCUGCCCCGGGGCUGCUCCGCACCUGGCUGCUGCGGGCGGACCGGGAGCGGCUGGUCCCGGAGCGGUGGCGGCGCGGGCUGGCCUGGAGCAUCGCUUUCCAGGGCGCUGUACCCCGCGGAGCCUCGCAGCGCUACUCCAGGAGCCGCGGCAUCGCCGGGCAGCUCUUUCCUGGUGAUAUUUCUAAGCUCAUGUGCAGAAUGUUGAAGAGACUAUUUCACAUAAAAAUCUUGAGAGACUGCAGGGACUUCUUUGCCAGUGAGAAAUAAAGCAUGACUACCAUCCAGGAAGUGAGUGGAUUUUUCCUCUCAUCUCACUGAMAAACUUGCCAGAUUCCUUAGAAACACACUUUUUUUUUCUGAAAUUGUGGAAGAUCGUAUGACCAGAGAGAAGGACAUUUUUUUUUUAGCCCUGCAAAACUACCUGGUAUUUGAAAUGCUGAAGAGGAAAUUACGGUUUUGCCACAACUUGCGCUUCAGGCUUUUUUUGGGUCUAACUCUUAUUUUAGUAAUCAUUUCAGUUUUGAAAGUUAACCAGAAAGACCACUUCUUAAAUCGGAGGCAUCUGGAGCUAACAAAAGAAGAUCCURUUAGCAAUGUUAACUGCACCAAGAUUAUUGAGGGGGAUUUAGAAGAAAUACAAAAGGUACAGCUUGAGAUAUUAUCUGUGUCAUUUAAGAAACGUCCCAGAUUAACAGCAGAUGAUUAUAUUAACAUGACUGCAGACUGUGCCUCCUUCACCAAAACUAGGAAAUACAUUAUGGAACCUCUCAGCAGUGAAGAAGCAGAUUUUCCAAUUGCUUACUCAAUAGUGGUUUAUCACAAAAUUGAGAUGCUUGAUAGACUUCUGAGAUCAAUCUAUGCUCCACAGAAUUUUUACUGCAUUCAUGUAGACAAAAAGUCUCCAGAAUCUUUCUUUGCUGCUGUGAAGGGAAUAGUCUCAUGUUUUGAUAAUGUCUUUAUUUCCAGCCAGUUAGAGAGUGUGGUAUAUGCUUCAUGGAGCAGAGUGCAGGCAGACAUUAACUGCAUGAAAGAUCUGUACAGAAGGAGUUCAAACUGGAAAUACCUAAUAAACCUAUGUGGUAUGGACUUUCCUAUAAAGACCAAUCAUGAAAUAGUAGAGAAAUUAAAAGCCCUUAAGGGUGAAAACAGCUUGGAAACAGAAAAAAUGCCUGUUUAUAAAGAAGUGAGGUGGAAGAAACAUCAUGAGAUUAUUGAUGGUAAAAUAAAGAACACAGGGAUAGACAAACAACUACCACCUCUCAGUACUCCAGUUUUUUCUGGCAGUGCCUAUUUUGUWGUUAGCAGAAGCUUUGUAGAAUAUGUAUUAGAAAACAGCAAAAUACUUAAGUUCAUUGAGUGGGCAAAAGAUACUUACAGCCCAGAUGAGUACCUGUGGGCAACAAUUCAGAGAAUCCCUGAAGUCCCAGGUGCAUUUUCUUCCAGUGACAAGUACGAUGUUUCUGACAUGAAUGCCCUGGCCAGGUUUGUCAAGUGGCAGUACUUUGAAGGUGACGUGUCCAAAGGCGCACCCUACCCUCCRUGCAGUGGAGUUCACAUUCGCUCUGUCUGUGUUUUUGGAGUAGGAGACUUGAGCUGGAUGCUACGAAACCACCACUUAUUUGCUAAUAAGUUUGACACUGAUGUCGACCCUUUUGCAGUGAAAUGUUUGGAAGAGUAUUUGCGACACAAAGCUUUGUAUUUGCAAAAGAACUGAAAUGUGUGCUCCUCUUAGGAAACACAGUUACAGAUAUUAUACUGCUAUGUACUUUAAUGUGUUACAUGAUGGGGAUGCUGAUAAUGGGUAUAAUGACUCUCACCAUGUUGGUGUGGUGGUGCUGAUGCCCUCCCUGCCUUGUCCAUGGGCAAGGUGGGGGAAAGACAUGUCCUGAGUGAAUAUGCCUUAUGGCAUACUGAGGCUCAAUGCUUUAGGUACAAAAUCAGACAGCAGUUAUUGGGAGGCCAACUAUUUGGAAUAUUUAUUAUUUAGAAGGUAUAAUUAAUGGACUUCCUUUGGCUAAACUGUUUUGUUUUAAGGCUUAGAAGAUGCAUGUUGUUGAUGGUUAUUCUUAAUUCUUUUUUUCMCAUGAAUGUAGUACUAGCUGGAAGAGAAAGAUGAAGGGGUGGAAUAAAAAGCAGCUGGACUGCACAGGCAUCAUACUGAGUACUGAAAGAUCUCAGGAAUAUAAUGUUAGAAUUUGUCUAAAAGCUAUGCAAAAGGGGAUAUGCAAAGCCAGCUGUUACCAUUUCACUUAGAUCUGUUUGCUGCAGUUCUGUUACGUGUAAUUCUUAAUCCUCUUGAAAAUGGAGUAUUAAGGAAUUCAAAUUUUGCUUUUGUAUUCUUAAASCCCCCCGCUAUUGUGAUAUAAUGUUUAUACACUAGUUUGUAAUGACAUCUUCUCAGGGAAGCUUCAAUUUUGUGCCUGAUGAGAUUUAGACUUGUAAUUUUACAUUUCUUACAGGGAGUUCUGCUUUUGGAUCCAAAGUUAUCAAGUUUCUCAAAAUGUAAAGAACUGCAGUAGUGCCUAAAUAUUACUGACAAACUGCUGGUUUCUGCUUUCUGUCAAGGUCAACUUGCAUUCCAGAUUAUUUUAACACUGAGUACGGAAAAAUAAAACUAUUUUUUUAAAUGA